AACGGCGGAGCUCCGGCUGGCUGGCUGGCCGACCGACGGCGCUACGAAGUGAACACUCGACUCAGAAUUCCGCGAGUUCGCCGUGGCUUAAAAAUCGCCGCACUGCAACAAUCGUCUCCGUGUUUCAGGACGAUUUUCUAUGAUCAACAGCCAGGAGAGCAGGUUCCAAUUCUGCUCCUGGAACUCGAGGAGAAAAAAUGUAGGCUGCGGCAGUCCGGAUGAACUGCUGAAGAUAGCCCCUGCCGACUCUCGGAGUUUUGGGUAAUCCCUCGGGAUCCAGGAUGACUUGCAUCCCACUCCAGUUCCAUGAGUUGGCUGAUAUGGACAACGCGUGAUUCAUGGGCUCUGCCUUAGAUGAGGCAAGAUGUCCCCGAUGGAGGAGGUGGAAGGGUGAGGAUGGAUUGUCCAUCAUUACAUAUGAAUCUGACACAGAAAAGAAACCUAGAAAGAAGAAAUCAAAUAAACCACCCGUGUCCCCAAAAUCUCCAUAUCUUUCAAACACAUACCUGCAUCCAAAAAAAGCAGCAGUUUGGAGGUCAUUGAAAGGCACAGGAACCAUCCACAUUGAAAACCCAUCAGUCAAGGUACCCAGAGAGCUGUGGGUGGCAUCACUCAAACAGAGUUUUGCUAUGUCCCAGUCACUGAAACCUGAAUGUGACUCUGCGUGUAGUCGAAGCUCAGGCUACACAAGUACACCAGAAUAUUUGAAAGAGGCCCUGGGCAUGAAAAAACCGAAGCAUUCACGGUCAGCCAGUAAUGGUUAUGUCCCUGGCACCCCUGACUACAAGGAGAAAGAAGACAUGUAUGAUGAGAUUAUUGAACUAAAAAAGAUUGUACAAACCCUUAAGGCCGAUAAUGAUAUCCUGAAAACAAAACUGAGACGAUCAGAGGAGGAGAACAGCAGAAAAGAGAAGCAGAUUGAGCAGUUAUUGGAACCUUCAAAGAGUUCGGAGUAUGCUAGGAACUUGGUUGAUAGAAAGAAUGACACCAGUGGGAUUGUUAAUGGAUUGAAACAGAGGAUCUUUAAAUUGGAGCAGCAGUGUAAAGAGAAGGACGGCAUCUUAAACAAAUUUCAAACUGAUUUGAAAACCACUAAUAUUGAGGAGAUGAAGAUUGCCAUGGAGACUUACUAUGAGGAGAUUCAGAGACUCCGACUUCUGUUAACGGACAACGAUACAGCAGAGAAAAGAUCAAUAGUAGAAAGCAGAGAGUUGCAGAAAGAAAUAAAAGUGCUCAAAUCAACAAUCCUCAGAUUAUCCAGAAGCCUCAAACAGUUACAAGAGGAGAAUAAAACUCUGAAGGCCAGCGUGGAACAAGAAUGCAGCAGCUCUUCCACAUCCAGUACAGCCCGAGGCUACAAUGAAUGGAGCAAAAGCAGGCUAGUGCGAAAGGUCCUUGAGCUGGAGAAAAAAAUUAGCAGUCAUGAGCCAUGCAACUCAAAAGUAGGUGGCAUGAAUUUGGAAGAAAAGCUCCCACAAGCUGAAUGUAUCACAGGCCAAAUGCAACAACAGGAACAACAGCAAAUCAGCCAUCAGCAGGAAUGUAACCGCCUACGGGAACUAACAAAGAAACUGAAGGAGGAUCGCAUCAAUUUGCAGACCCAGCUGGCCAAAAAGGAUGCUGAAGUAAAGCAACAGCUUCAAGAAAAGGCAAAAAUGGAGAAAGACCUGCGGAGAUUAAAGGAACUGAAUAAACCUGCUGAAGAAAACAAGCGUGAGAUUAGUAGUCUGAAGGAAAGGGUAAGACAACUGGAAGCAGAGUUAGAAGAUCAUCAGAGAGUGAAGAAACGACUGCAAGCGGAGUUAGAAGAUCAACGAAGGGUGAAGAAAAGAAUGGAAACAGAGUUGGAAGAUCAUCGGAGGGUGAAGGAGAACAAUGACUUCGCUAAGAAAGAAGACCUUGAGUUGUUGGAGGCUAUUACUAUGAUUCAAGCUUGUGCACGGGGGCACACAGCACGGCAGAAGUUCGAGGACAUGUACUCUGUAAAUCUGAAGCAGAUGCCUGGAGCCUCCUCUUGGCAAUACAAGAGUCCUGACAUUUCUCACAACAACACUAUUCAAAACCAAAUCCAGACAGGCGAUGAGAGAGAUGAGGCCAUCUCCUUAAUCCAAUCCUCCUUCAGGGCUCAUCUGACUCGGUCACGGUAUCUCAAAGGAAGAAAGAACAUGUCUGCUGGAGACACCAGGAGUAACUCAGUCAUUGUGAGGAAAUCCAGUGAUGCCCUUCACCAGCCAAAGUAUUCAGGUUCCUGCAGAGAUAAUGAAAGUAGUGAUGAAAUAGAAGAUGAUCUAUUCAGACAUAAAGGCACAGAAGAUGCAAGAUACUUAAAUAAAUUUAAACUCUCACCAAACAGUCCUUCAUCGGGUAAGAACAUGCGGAUUCAGGCCACAGCGAGAUCCAGCCAAAGCCUCUCUCGGAUAUCAGGAGAAGUGGAUUCUGACGAUUCUGAUGAUGUCAUUUUGUUUUAACUUCAUGGCUACUGAAACAUCAAGACUGACUUUUAGAGGUGGAUUGUUCCAUUCCAGGAGCCUUCCAAGAAAAAUGUCUUGAGAGUCGAUAGGCGAGUAGUUGAGGAACUUAAUUUUGUUUGAUGAUAGAUAAAAAAUACAGGACUCAGGUGCACAAAUGGAAAGGGCUAAUUGUUAAUGGUGAAUUUAAUACUGUUUUACAAAUAUGCAUGAUAAAAGUGACAAUUUGCCAGAUAUGCUCAGCAGGUCAAACAGCAAUUGGGUACAUAGAGGUAUGUUUUCUGAGGACUACUUAGUGCCAUCUACAAAAUGCUUUUGAGCAAUUCACCAAGGCUGCUUUAACAUAACUUCAGAAAACCAUUUCCUUUGCCACCUUGAAGGAAGAGGUCAGAAGCCACAUGAGUAUGCCAUCACCUGCAAAGUUCAUUCCAAGUCACAUGCCGUUCUGGCUUAGAAAUAUAUCAGCAUUUCAUGGAUAUCUGGGUCAAAAGAAUGGAAUUCCUCAUUCAACAGCAAUAUGGGAAUACCUCUAAUAGAGGUUCAGCAGCACGAGAAGGCAACGGCUCACCACCACUUUAUGAAUAGGAAUCAGGAUAAAAUUUAAAUGCUAUGCUUCCAAGCAUUGCCUACAAAUUUAUGGCCCAAAUCUAGCAUCAUUAUCCCUCAAUGGAAAUAAUUUUAACCUCAACUUCAGAACAUUUGCUUAUUUGAAUUUAACCUUACAGCCUAUUUUUUUGUGUAAUAACUCAAUCAAAAAAGAAAACACUGAAACAGCUGACAUCUGAAGCUUGAAACAUAAAUUGCUGAAAGCUACUACCUAAUUCCAAGAGGCUAUGGAAGAUGAGUGUCUUUUCCACCUUGGGAAGCAGUCCACUAGUAGCCCUGAGCCUCUUGUUGCUGCCACUCACUCCCACCCUGCCUUGUCUGUUUGUAGCCUCCUGCACUGAUUUAAUUAUGCCUAAUGUAAGCUUGAGGAACAGCAGCUUAGUUUCCACUUGGGCACAUCCUAGACAUUUGGGCUACGUCAAAUUCUACAAAUUUAGGUGAUAUAUUGUCUCUAACAGAAUGGGCCAAGCCAUUCAUGUGCGCUCUUGGCUCCGUUCUUCUCUCUCCAAUAGGAAAGCCUGACCUAUUCUGCCCUGACAAAGUGCCUUCAACCUGAAAUAUAAACUGCUUCUCUUUCCACAGAUACUGCCUGAUCUAUUGAGUAUAUCCAACAUUUUUUUAUCUGGCAAAAUAGUGUUAUGGAGAAUGGUGCAGUAUAGGAAUUGGCUCCAUCGGCCCACAAUGUCUUUGCUGAUGCAGACAAACUCUCUUAGCUAAAUAAUGUCACUCCAUUUUCUGUAGAUCCAUGUGCCUAUCCAAAAACCUCUUGAACACCGCAAUCAUAUCUGCCUACACCACCCAGGCAGCGCAUUCCAGGCAUCCACCAACCUCCUGUAUGAAAAAAAAACCUGCCUUGCAUAUCACCUUUAGACUUUGGCCCUUUCACAUUAAAGCUAUGCCCUCUAGUAUUUGAUAUUUCAUUCCCGGAAAAGACUACACUAUUUAUGCAUCUCAUCAUCUCAUCAGACCUCUCCUCAACCUCCGGCUUUCCAGCGAAAACAAUCUAAGUCUGUCUAACAUCUUGUUGCUAAUAUCUUCUAAUCCUGACACCAUUCUGAUGAACCUACUCUGUGCCCUUUACAAAGCCUCCACACACAUCCUGCAUUGGGGCGACCAGAACAGCAUACUAUCCUCCAAAUGUGGCCGAACUAAAGUCCUAUAAAUCUGCAUUGUGACUUCCUGACUCAUACUCAAUGCCUCGACCAAUGAAGGCAAGCGUAUCAUGUGCCACCUUUACCACUAAAUCUACUUGUGUUGCCACUUUCAUGGAGCUAUGAACCUGGGCCUAAAAUCCCUCUGUACAUCAUUGUUGUUAAAGUUCUUGCUGUUAGUUGUAUAAUUUCCUUUUACAUUUGACUUCUCAAAGAGCAAAACAUCACUCCUGCUUGGAAUAAUCACCACCUUCCAUUUCUGUAGCUGAUCUAUAUCCCACUGUCUACUUUGACAGCCUUCCUCACAGUCUAUGCCUCCAGCAAUCUUGGUAUUAUCUGCAAACUUACCAACCAAUCCAUCUAUACUUACGUCCAAGUUAUAUUCAUAUAUAUAUAUAUAUAUAUAUAGAUAU